AUGAGUGACAAUGGGAAUGAGGACGAGGAGGAGGAAGAGGAGGAGGAGGAGGUGACGGCACAGCAGGAUGGAGGAGGAAGAGGGAGAGAAGAAGACGGUGGCGGAGAGAAUGUCGCGGUGGAGAAAGUGGACACCCAACCGGACCCUCUGCUGGAGAAGUCAAAGGAGAAGGCCGGCAGUGAAAGCCCGGGCCAGGCGGCCUUGGAGGAGCAGCCCAAGAAGCCCUCGGGGAAGAAACAGGGCAGCAGCAAGCCAGUCACUCACCGUGGCUUCAAGAAGUUCUCCCCCCGGGGCCACCAUGGGCUGCUCGGCCAUGCCGGGCGGUGCCUCGAUUGCGGGAAGGGCUUUGGCUUUGGCAAGCGCUCACGGCUGCACAGUGGUGCUGGCCUGGAGAAGCCCUACAAGUGCAAUGAGUGCGGCAAGUGCUUCCGCCUCAACUCCACCCUGGUGACCCACCAGCGGCGCCACACCAGCACCAAGCCCUACCGCUGCGCCGAGUGCGGCAAGAGCUUCAGCGUCGGCUCGGCCUUCAUCCAGCACCAGCGCAGCCACGCGGGCAAGAAGACGGGCGUGAGCCCAGCUCGGCCCUGUGAGUGCAACGUUUGCGGCAAGAGCUUCGGUCUCCCGGCCCACCUCAUCAAGCACCAAAAGCAGCACCUGGAGGAGAAGCCCUACAAGUGCACUGAGUGCGGCAAGGGCUUCAACUGGAACUCGCACUUGGAGCGCCAUCGGCGCAUCCACACUGGCGAGAAGCCCUACGUCUGCGAGGACUGUGGCCGUGCUUUCGCCUGGAGCUCCCACCUCGACCGCCACCGGCGCAUCCACUUUAGCAGCAUCCAGGCUUCCCCUUGCAAGUGCUGCCUGGCAUCCGCAACUGCGCCGGCUAGCAAAGCCAGCACCAAACCCUACCAGUGUGGUGACUGCGGGAAGGGGUUUAACAAGAACGCGGCAUUGUCCAAGCACCGGCGUGCGCACCAUGCUACGGAGAAACCCUACGUUUGUGAGGAUUGUGGCAAGAGCUUUGGACUGAACGGUGCCCUGCUUCAGCACCGGCGCACCCGCCACCCCGAUGACUCUGCCAAGCCCUACACCUGCAGUGACUGCGGGAAGAGCUUUGCCUGGAGCUCCCACCUGGACCGGCAUCGGCGCAUCCAUGCUGGCGACAAGCCCUACCACUGCGAUGACUGCGGCAAGGGCUUCUCGCAGAGCUCCCACUUGGAGCGGCACCAGCGCGUGCACAGGAGUGCUGAGCACCCGCCCUCUUGCAGCGAGUGCGGGAGGGGUGGGGGGGAGGGCGUGCGGCACCAAGGCACUCAGACUGGCGAGAAGCCCUACUCCUGUAUAGACUGUGGCAAGUGCUUUGCCCAGAACUCGGCCCUGGCCAAGCACCGGCGCAUGCACACCGGCGAGAAGCCCUACAAGUGCAACGAGUGCGGCAAAAGCUUCAGCGUGCGCUCCAACCUGCUGAAGCACCAGCGAACCCACCUGGGCGAGAAGCCCUACAAGUGCGGCGACUGCGGCAAGGGCUUCAUCCAGAAGUCCGACCUCACUAAGCACCGGCGCAUGCACACCGGCGAGAAGCCGUACCGCUGCGACGCCUGCGGCAAGUGCUUCAGCGUCAGCUCCAACCUCAUCAAACACCAGCGCAUCCACCUGGGCGAGAAGCCCUAUGCAUGUGGGGACUGUGGCAAGGCCUUCAUCCAGCGCUCGGAGCUCACCAUCCACCAGCGCACCCACACCGGGGAGAAGCCCUACAAGUGCAGCAUCUGCGGCAAAUGCUUCAGCCGCAGCUCCCACCUCAACCGCCACCAGCGCACCCACAGCAACGACAAGGCCUCUGCUGGCAUGGCCCCUGCCUCGCUGCUUGCUGGUGGCCCCGCCAAGCCUGCUGCUCCUCUCCCCGCCUCGGCCUUCUCUGCCUCCUUCGCUUCACCCGGCCCCCUCCCCACCCUGUCUUCUUUCACUUCUCCUCCCUCCCCCCUCUCCCUCCCUUCUCUCGAUCUACCCUGGGCCCUGCCUUUCCCAGCCCGAGGCUUCCAACAUCCGUCCUUCUCUUCGCCUGCCCCUUCCGGAGCCCAGGCCUCUUCCUUGAUAAACUAG